AUGGCCUCACGACUAAGUCCUUUCACGAGGACAUCUGCUGUGACAAAAUCACGACAGUUGGCGCCCACCGUUAGGUUAUCGCUUGGUGGUGCUGAGUUCUUGGAGGGAGCUCUCACAGGGAUCGAGGGCUAUGCGAUCAGCCGCAUGACCAAGAGUCGCCGCGGCAAGCUCUACAUCGACGAUUCAGGCUGGGGUCCCGAGGCCGGCUCGAUCGAGUACGGGUACCGGGUCCCCUUCGGCAAGAUCCACGUAUUCAUCGGCAAAAUUGGCGAGUCGGCACCCGUGCCGGACAUCUGCACCGACAUCGUCGAACCGGCUCGGCGCGCGCAACCCGCCCGAACUCAACCCGGUCGGAACCAUGUCUUUGUUGGGUUCACCCAGGGGGUCGAUCUCGCAGAUAACUCCGCAUCCAGCGGCGACACCCUGGUCUAUUCUGAUGGUGAAUCAUCGGUUGGAGACAUUGAGUCGAUCCUUCCACUGUACGACGAACGACUUUGGGCUGCUCGGGUCGAUCACGAGCCGCCCCGCUGGUCCGCCGUCUACAUGGCGGGUACUGCUCCGACCCUUAAUUCCACCGCAGCAGGAGCCGUGGAUGGGACUGGCACUUCAAUUACUGAUCCGACUGCAUCUGGCCCGGUCAAACCCCCGGCUCAAGUCCCCCCAUUCUGGAGUCGCUUGGUUCGCCGGCACGGACGCGAUCGCCAGGCGGUCCAAUUUCAUCUUCUCGCCCCUUUCCGUACGGACCGGGCUCGCGCUGCUCGCCACCGGCACCAACGGCGAGACGCUGAGCCAGCUGCUGGCCUUCCUGGGCUCCCAGGACCUCCACCUCCUCAACGCGGCCAGUGCCAGCCUCGUCGCCGAGAUGCGCGCGUGGUCGCAGCUCACCUUCGCCGCCGGCAUCGUCGCGGACAAAUCGUUCUCGCUGAGGCAGGAGUCGUGUCCGCCGCCACCUCCGCCCACAGGGCCUCCGUGAGAUCCGUGGACUUUCAGAAGCAGCCGGCGGCAGCGGCGGCUGAGGUGAACGCUCUCAUCGCAGAGACCACGCGGGGCCGGAUACGCGACCUCGUCUCCCCGGACUCGUUUAAAGGCGACCCCAAGAUCGUGCUCGCCAACGCCAUGCACUUCAAGGCCACCUGGGCCCGGAGGUUCGACCCGUCGGACACCGUCCGCCGCGACUUCCACCGCCUCGACGGCACGUCCGUGCGGGUGCCGUUCCUCUCCGACCCCGGGAUGCAGUACGCCACCCGCUUCGACGACCUCAGCUUCAAGGUCCUUCAGUGCUUCUACAAGAUGGCGGGGCGCGACGGCAGGCUCGACUCCAAGGCGCCGCUCUUCUCCAUGCUCAUAUUCCUCCCGCACCGGCGCGACGGGCUCCGCGACCUCCUGCGGCUGGCGUUCUCCUUCCGGUUCGACGCCACGGACGCGCUGCGCGGCCUCGGGCUCGCCGCGCCGUUCGACCCGCUGGCCGCCGACCUGUCGGGGGCGGUGUCGAACAUGCCCCCGGAAGGGCUCUACGUGUCGGCCGUCGAGCAGAUGUGCGCCGUGGAGGUGGACGAGGAAGGCACGACGGCAGUAGUAGCGUUUUACUCGCAUACGAGCCCGACCUAUAGCCCGUUUGAGCGCCCGCCGCCGCCGCCCAUGAGCUUCAUGGCGGACCACCCGUUCUUGUUCGCCAUCGUCUGAGUAUGGCAAGGGCGAGGUUUUGUUCCUCGGCCACGUCGUGGACCCUUCAACUUGAACAGUCGAUGGACGGUUUCGAUUUACUCGAGAGCAAAGUAGGGCUGUCCGAUGGAUCAUGGAUGAGGGCCGAGUGAAUUGCAAAAAACAUCGACAUUAAAAGCUAAGAUUACGGAAACCGCAAUUCUACGGAUUUGUGCCAAAAACCACUAAUUCUAAGCUUAAUUUUUUACAAAAAACACUAGUCGGCAGCUUAGGCCGUUUUGAGCAUGAUUAUGACAGGUGGGUCCCGCUAGACAGGGUGAUGUGGCAAAAAAGAAAAAAC